UGGCACACGACAUUCGUCAGUGAGCUCAGCAAAGGCCAGCAGCUCAUGCAGAAGGAACUCGGGGCCGCCACUACUAGGGGCCCCACAGACACCAACAGGUGAGCCGGAGCGAGGUAAAAAAGGCGCCAGGUCGAGCGUCGUGCAUUGUUUGCUGUCUUGCAGCGCGUCGGCCUUGCCGGCACCACUAGCACCUGCAGAUGAGAAGCGGCUGAAGGAGGACAUGCUGGCCGCCACUGCAGCGCUGUGCCGCCACCCGUCGUCACGCCUCUUCCGGUGGCCCUACCCCCACCCGGAGUACACCCGUAUGUCUCGAGAGGGUCGGGCUCUGUCGAUCAGUGACCUGGAAAUGAUGGUACCUCUGUACGUCAAGAAGGUGAGCGGAGGGACUACACACGAAUGUUCAGCUAUGUGUGUCGGUGUUGUUGCAAUCGGUGCGUAUCGUAUCAGGGCUCAGCCAUGGGAUGGCUUCGUUGGUACGACUACAUCGCGACGAUCGCCCACAAUGCGAUCGAUUUCACCAAGGCGGGCUCGGUAUGUGCGCAGUGAUCACCAAGCAACCGAACAAGCAGCCAGCCGUUCCACUCUGUUGUCCUCUCUCUACCAAUGUGCAGGAGGUUGAGCAGGCUGCCAAAGCGCUGCUUUCUGUGGCCGCCCGCCUCGUCCGCCCCCACGACACACUCGUCGAGCUGUCGAUCCGGAAGGCGAUCGGUUCACAGGCUGACGCGACCAUCUACGACACGGGCUGUGCAGACGAGGAUGUGCUCGACGGUCGCAGCGAGCUGACGUGUGUCGAGCUGGCCGACGUAUGGGACUCCUGCAGAAAAGAGCAGUAUUUGCCCUGGGCCGAGGCAUUUGAGGCCGAGAUGGGCGGGGCGGCGCCACUGGCAGCCACCGACUCAGCCAGGUGAGAUCCAUCCAUCCAUCAAGUAGCCCAUUCACUCACAGACAAACACACACGAGGUGCGUCUGCAUGGUCCUGUCUGCAGGGUGGGUCGCUCGCCGAGCCCCACGGGUGAGUCCUACCGCUCCGCCACGUCAUCAUCGCCCACACGAGUGCGGCCGGACCGAUCGGCGAGCACCGGAGGCCCCAAUGACACGGGCAUGGAAGCAGCGGACAAGUGUGCCACACUGGACAUCAACAUCUUGGAGGCGUCGGACGGCAAGCUCGAGGCGGCAUUGGACGCACACAGGGUGGAGAAGAAUGAGCUCGACAGGACCAUCAAACGUCUCCAAGACGAUGUCAAAAAGUGACCAGAGAGGGAGAGAGGGAGGGAAGGAGUUGAUUGGCUGCAAUACACCCACACGUGUUUAUGUGGAUGUGUGCGUCGGUGUGUAGGUUGACCGGUGAGUUGGAUGCGUCGCGGGAGAUGGCUGAGAAGGAGAGGAAGGCGGCCGACGCGCAGCGCAGUACUCUCGAGGACAUCCUCAAAGACAAAGACAAACAAAUCAAACAGGCGCAAAAGACGUAAGCACACCAGCACACACAUGGAGACGCCCAUCCACUAUCCUCUCUGUCCCUCCCUCCCCCUCCCCAUCUGGUGUGUGCAGUGCCGACGAUCGUGUGCGUCGAGUGAGCCAGCAGGUGCGUGAGGAGGCCGACAAGGUUGCCAAGACACACAUGGUCACCGUCACCAAGCAGCACAAAGAGGAGCUGGACCGACUGCGUGGCGAGCACCGGUCGGCCUUUUUGGAACUGAGGGCGCAGCACCGGACGGCCAUGGAGCAGCAGACAGAGAUGCGUGUGGCGGCCGAGAGGGCCCUGGCCGACGGGACGCGCGAGAGGGACCAGCUGAGGCAGCGGCUGAGGGAAGAACGACUCAGGUCAGCCAGCCAGCCAAGCAGACAGAGAGAAGGAGGCCAUCAUCCGACAGAUGCAGCUGGUCCGAUGACAUGUGUGUGUUGAUGUGUGUGUGCAGGUCAGCGCGUGUAGAUCAGGAGAGAGACGGCGAGUUGCGUCGGCUGCGCGAGGCGGAGGCGCCGCUGAGACGCGAGAUACUCACCCUCAAACAACAGCUGUCAUCGGCACAACCACCACACAGGUCACCAGACACACACACCCCAACAGCAGCCGUGGACAUGUCGUCUCGCCCUCACUGUGUGUGGUGCAGUCGUGUCAGUGCUGAAGGUGUGUCGUCUCUCGAUUUGCCGUCGGUGCGUCGUUUGCUGGAUGGCUUGACGUCUGAGCAGCACCGGCUGGCUCAGCUGCACCAGGCCGCCAUCGAGCGACAGAUCCAGCUACUACAGCACCGCCAGCAGCCCAACCAGACACCAUCAUCGGCGUCUUCGUCGGCUGCACCCUCCGCGCCCUCAAUGCCCUUCUCCCUCACCAUGGACGGCAGCAAUGAUCCGGAAGCAUCAUCAGCAGCACCAGCAGCCAACGGCAGCAGCAGCAGCAGCUCGGCGCACGCAAAGGGUCCGUGUGCCGCUGCAGCAGCUGCCAGUAGUUGUGAUGGUGGUGGUGGUGUUGGGCCGGGAGAGAGCAAGUGCCAGCUGUGUCUCGAGAACCCGCCAGACAUCAUCCUGCUGCCCUGCGGACACCGAGUGAGUCCGAAGGCUUACACGGCUGCAUGGGACAGAGAGAAAGAGCAAUACGUUUCUGUGUGUCGUCUGUGUGUGUCUGUCAGGUAGUGUGUCAGGAGUGUUUUGAGAAGUGGAUGGCCCCCAUGCCGACCGAAGACAAACUCUGCCCCGAACACACGUAAUCAACACAGACCAGAUGAGCCAGCCAAGUGUAUGUGUGUUGUGUGUUCUGUAGGUGUCGGCAGCGGUAUUCCGAGGUCAGAUACGUUUUCGCGUGACUGACAGGCGGAAGGAUGGAUGGAUGGGUG